AUGCCGAAUGAACCUGGCAAGUCCUCCGACCAGGUAGCGUACGAGCAGCUGUGCACGCGCUGGAACCGUGAAGAAGCGGAGGCCGUGCAGCGCUGCAAGCGCACCUUACAGAGCGACAAGACCAGCCGCGAUGACAAGAUUUUGGCCUUGAACGAACUGGAGUACUGGGCCAUGAGGCGAGGUGGCUACGAUGCAGAAGUCAUCCUCAUUGGCAUGUUAAAGGAGUCAGACAAGGACGUAGCUGGGCAGGCGCACAUCAGUCUGAAGAAAACAUGGGCAGCCCACUUCAACAUGUGGGUCAACAAUGAUGUUGACCAUGGUCGAGUGCUGAUGAAGCAGAAGAAGCUGGACGAGGCCUUCAAGAUCUUCGACAAGGUGGCCUACAAGAACCCUUUGUGGGGGGAAGGCUACCAUCUCCGAGCCAAGUGCUACAAUGCGAUGAAGGAUGUGCCCAACACCAUCGCUGAUCUCCGGCGCGCACUCGAGUUCUGCCCCAACAACUAUCUUGUCAUGGUCGAGCUGGGCAUCACGCUUAUGGACAAGACUCACGAGUACGAGGAAGCUGCGGAUCUCUUCAAGCGCGCCGUCGACCUCUGCCCCAUCCUGCCGGUGGACAUCUUCCUCCGCCAGCUCUUUGAGAAGGUACCCCAUCUCAAGGAGCAGUGGGAGGCAGAGAAGAAAGCCAACCAGUUCUCGCUUAAUGAGCCCCCGGCGCGGCUGCUGCCCGCAGCCUGGGUCGACCGCUUUGAGGCCACGGAGCGGCCGAACCAGGCCUUCCUCAGGGUGGGUGCCGAACUGGAGCAGUGGUUUGCGGAGGUUCGGCGACACAAAGCCGAGCCGUCGAUCCAGCGCAAGCUGUGGAGCGUGCUGGUCAUCAAGUGGGAUCCAGACAAGUGGCCCAAGGAGCUGAGGUCCUUCACCACCCAGGUCCACGAGGCCCUCAAGGCCCGGCGCGAGCGUGAGCUCGCCAAGGCGACGCCGGAUGCCGCAGAGGACUGGAAGGACCAGGACCAGGUGGAGUUUGAAGAGGCCGAGGAGGAGUAUGACGAGGAGGCUGUUGCAUUUCUUCGGCGGCUCCGAUCGCAGCGGACGCGGUGA